AUGAAUGUAUUUCAGUAAAUAUUUGAUCCGAUAUUAGUACGAAGACUUAAUCGUGAAAAAAAAUCAAAUUGUUUUUUUUUAGUUUUAAUACAUUUGCAAUAAUUUGGUCUCUUUAUAAGUAUCCCAUUAAUCAGUCUCAUUUUGAGUUCCGCAGUGCAUUGUUAUGAUGAACGUAGAAUGGCGGACGUUGUCAUUGUGGGAUGGUUGUUCACAUUUUUAUUGAUAAAUACUUGCCAUGGAGGACUCCCUGGCCUGGUGGACCCGGAUGAUGAUACCACAAGGAGCUUCGGAACCAUACAGCUGCUCGAGGAUCCGAAGUCGAUGCAAAAGAAUACUGUUCACUUAUUCAGAUACAAAUGUCACCAAUGCGAGUCGCCAUACUGCGACACGCCGCAGGAGUGCUCCGACGCAAUCUUCUGCUUCAAGUCCUCAGUCCGGGACUCCGAUGGCUCGCUCCGGCAUUCGCGGGGCUGCAGCGCGGGCCACGACCACGCGCAGUUCACAUGCCAUCACAAGCCUGAUCAGAGCGUGCGCAAACGCCAUGCAGGCCAGCUGAAUGUAACCUGCUGCGCUGGCGACCUCUGUAACACAGGAGACUUCCCACUCCUCGCUCCUCAAGACACUGCUGUGGAACCAUUACCGGACCACUCCUGGAAACUCUGGGCUGGGGUGCUAGCGGCUGUGUUGAUGGUCACAGCUGCUGUUGUCGCUGUGGUGUUGCUGAGGAGGAGUCAUAGACUGCGCGUGUCUCGCGCGGCGCUUCACAAACUGGGCCCGGACUCCAACUACUUCUCCAGCAACGUGUACAGCCCGCAAGUCACCAGCGCUUACUAUGAAGGUGUAGACGGAUCCCAAAAUGGAGUCAGAGCGACCCUUGCUGGUGAUUCAACGUUACGAGAGUACCUCCAAGGCUCCAUGAGCUCCGGAUCCGGUUCAGGGCUGCCUCUGAUGGUUCAAAGGACCCUUAGCAAGCAAGUUUCACUGCUGGAGUGUGUUGGAAUGGGUCGCUACGGUAAAGUAUGGCGCGGCCUGUGGUACGCGGACAGCGUGGCCGUCAAGAUAUUCUUCUCGCGGGACGAGGCCUCCUGGCAGAGGGAGACGGAGAUAUAUAGCACCGUCCUGCUCAGGCAUACCAACAUACUCGCCUAUAUAGGCAGCGAUAUGACUAGCCGAAACAGUUGUACGCAGUUAUGGCUGAUAACGCACUACCACCCAUUGGGCUCGUUGUACGAGCAUCUACAGAAAACAACGCUGACGCGGCACCAGAUGAUGCUGAUCUGUCUGUCCACAGUCAACGGACUGCUGCAUCUACACACGGACAUACAUGGCACACAGGGUAAACCAGCCAUAGCCCACCGAGACAUCAAAUCCAAGAACAUCCUAAUGAAAGUAAACGGAGAAUGCUGUAUAGCUGACUUUGGUCUCGCAGUGACCGCAGCGCACGUGGCCAGGCAGGAGCCCAGUGCGAGACAGGGAACUGUCAGAUACAUGAGUCCAGAGGCACUGGACCAGAGUAUGAACCUCCAAUGCUUCGAAUCGUAUCGCAAAUGCGACAUCUACGCACUGGCUCUUGUCCUGUGGGAAGUCUGUCGCAGAGUCAGUCCAGCUCGGGAAGCCAGGGUGCCAUUCUUCGAGCAUGCUCCGAGCGACCCAUCCGUGGAACUCAUGAGGAAGAUUGUCUGUGUAGACGGAGCCAGGCCAGAGCUGCCUGAAACCUUUACUCAUCCGACGGUGACAGGCAUGGCGCGCCUCAUGCGCGAGUGUUGGCACGCCAACGCCUCCGUGCGUCUUCCGGCUCUCAGGAUCAAGAAGACGCUCCUGAAGUUAGCCGCCAACGACAACUCCGUACACCUGGACGAGGACAGCGAGGUCUUCGUGUGAGCGAGGCAGGUAUGCCUCAUGAUAAUCACAGUAAAAGUAUAUUUAUAGGUGGGAAUAAUCGAGGCAAGACGUUUAAGAAUGUAUAGUGGUAUGCUCCCAAAAAAUUAGAACGAUAUCACCUGUUACAAAAUAAAACCGUCAUAUAUGCUGUGUUAAGCGAUGAAAUAAACUUAUAACGCCAUCUAGUGAGAUCUCUGGUAACUAAAACGCCUCGGUGACUCCCGGCUCUAAGAAUAAAGAAGACGCUCCUGAAGUUAGCCGCCAACAACUCCGUACACCUGGACGAGGGCAGCGAGGUCUUCGUGUGAGCGAGGCAGGUAUGCCACAUAGUAAUCAUAGUAAUCAAAGCCAGAAUAUUAGCAGUGAAUUGUGUUAGUCGCCCACAACUUUAUAUAGAUAUCGUCAGUUGAAAAGGUCUCACGCUAAGGAAUAAAAGCGCCAUGAGUUUUAUCUUCAUUGAAUGAAAGCAAGAUAACUAAGAUUCAAUUUAAAAAUAGAAAAAUUACUGCCUCUGGAUAAUAUGGCGCUUAAUAGAUUUGAUUUAGGACCAGUUGCAUCAACCACAUUUGACAGACACAUCAUCGUCACGCAGCGGAGGCGUAUGGAACUUCCCAUACAAUAAAAUGUAACGAAUGCUUUAACGGUGACAGACGGUUUGGUGCAACCGGCCCUUAGUGCAGGCACUCACGACAUCUCAGUAUAAGUAAAUGGAUAACACGAAAACAAGUCUCUCUUGCAUAAUGUGUAGCAAAUAUUUUGACUGUAUAUUGGGGAGUAGACCUUAGGAGUAUACAAGUUUCUAAUGGGUCGGCAACCCCCUUGAGUUGCAGGCGUCCAUAGGUUACGGUGACCGCUUUCCACCAAGCGGACCGUAUACCUGUUUGCCUUAGAUUAAUUUAAGACUCCGAAAUAUUUAACAUUCAUUGAACUUAGUGAUCUGUAAAUAAGAAUAAAAACUGCAGUCAAGUGUGCCUCAUCUCUUUUAAAAUCAAAACUUAUGAAAAUUCUUAAAACAAAUAAAUUCUCGAAGGAAUGUAAUGUAUGAAAAUAAUUUAUGACAGCUGUUUCUUUUACACUAAUAUUUUAGCGCUUUAACUACGACGUAAGCUAUUACUUAUUAGUUUUUUAAGUACGUAAAAUUAUACAUAAAUUUGUUAAAACUUAGCUCAUUAUAGUUUUUGAUAAGUGCCUAUAUAUAGUGCCUAAUAGUAAAACUACAUAAAUAUUACGUCAUUUCAUUUGCUAUACGACGUAUUUUUUGGAUGAAAAAAGCUUUACUUAAUCAUUGUUAUUUACUACUAAAAGUGCUUCCUAUUUAUGGCAUAUCGUCACUACUUUAAAAAAAACUUGUAUCUUCGUCUGUCAAUGAAAAGAAAAUUGUAGUAAGUAUGUAUGGAAUGCAUAUAGACUUACUGCGUUUUAACUUUGAGGAGAAGCGUAAGAUACGAGAUUUUUUCAAAGUAGUGACGAUAUACAACAUACUUUAAUUUUAGUAUUUUUUAAGAACAGUUGCUAUAUCCAAGAGUUGCUAAGAAAUAGUACAUUACGAUACAAGUGCGUUAAAGAACGACCAAAGGCAGUGUUUUCAAUCGAAACGAGUCGCGAAUUUCCUCUGCGUAGUACUUCUUUACGUAUUAGUGCGAAAAAAUAGCAACAUGUAAAGAAUAUCUAAACAUGAAUUUUCCCCUCACUAGGUGGGAAACACGUGUUUUAUCCUUCAAUGCCAGCGGGUAAAAACGCAUUUUAUCCACUAGUGUA